GACUGUGGUUGAGAUUGUUUCCAACCACACUUGCUCUUAUUUCCGCGCUGAGUGAUAACUGCUGUUGUCACAGAUGAGCCGGCUAUAUUUAGCUCUCCAUCAAAAGACAAAGAUCAGCUGCUUUUGUAACUAAAAAAAAAGAGUGAAAAAGAACAAACUGGAACAAGAAUGAAGUGUUUCUGUUUACUAGCAUCUUCAAAGAGGUGUGCUGCACAGAAUUCUGGGUAGUUGUUCUCCUGCAUGUGAGGACGUUCAACUUCAUGCCGCUUCUCAAAUAACCACUUCUAGACCAGUUUAUAUCAACGUGAAACCCUAUAAAUGCUCAACACAUAAACCAAUCGGAUGCAUUUGUUCAAACAGAACAGUAAGUCUUGAUGCCAAACUUUCCAUCUGCUUAUUCAGCACUGAUUUGAUCUGCUCUCGUUUCCCUGCUGCUCUUUCGACUUCUCACAAACACUACAUUCAAAUUGUGCAACCUGAAUUAAGUUUUCACGCUUUUGAUGUUUAAAAAGGUUUGAUGAGUGAACUCCUGCAGAAGUUUUCCCACAGUUAAUAAUAGCAUCAGAGUGGAAAGAAAGAUGUUGUUUUUUAGGUGUGAUGUUCUUUCACCUUUGACCUUCUCUGACAUCCACGCCACCUUGCAGGAUCGUCCUGCACAGAACAUUAAGGGCGCUUACGUACACUGACACUUCAUUCCGUAAACUGCUAUUAUCUCAACGGUCUGCAGAUCGGUCCAGGACGUUCUCUGCGUGGAUGUUGAAACUCUCGCGCGUCACAGGAAGCUGCGGCUUUCGCGACAUGCAUAAAGGUGAGGCGAGAGACCUGCUUCCUUCAGACAGCCUUCAUCGCCUCCAGCUGCAAAAAAAACAGUCUUUAUGAAAAGUGAGCAGAGAGAGGAGCCGUCGGAUCAGCAGGCCUGAGUUUGGAUUCAAACUGACAUGUUUGCAUGUUUAUGCUGAGUACCAACACGGAUUUAUGACCAAGACGACUAGCAGUGUAAAGGCUUUUCUGAGGACUAUUGCUUCUCCAAACAGAGAACUUCAGAAGGUCUCGACAGACUGCCGGAAAAUGGGCUCCUGCUUUACCAGAUGUCACUCGAAUUUAGAGGUUUUAGAAAAUUCACCUGAAUCUGACUCACCAGCCCUCCAGGAAAGUGUGAUUGUGUCGCUCCAUGACUACCCAAUGUUUGAAGACACAGAGCCCAUCAUGUUCGCUGGUGAGAGACUCCUCGUCGUAUCAGAGGAUGGAGAUUUCAUCACGGUGAGAUCCUCGACCACCGGCCGAGAGAGCUACAUCCCCACCAACUAUACAGCCAAGGUGACGCACAGGUGGCUGUACACAGGCAUCAGCAGAUACAAGGCGGAGGAGCUGCUGCAGAAACCCAACAACCAGAAUGGAUCCUUUUUGAUCCGAGAAUCCGAAACAAACAGAGACAGCCACUCGCUAUCCAUCUUGAUGAGAACCAACUCUCUACAAGUGAACCCUGUGAAGCACUACCGCAUCUACCGCCUCCAAAACAGCUGGUACUAUAUUUCCCCAGGACUCACCUUCCCCUCCCUACACUGCCUCGUGGAACACUAUUCAGAGUUUCCAAACGGCCUGUGCUGCCAGCUGACGGCGCCUUGCUUCAUCCAGGGUUUAGACACCCCCAGGCCCGUCCCCAACACUAUCAGAAGGCCUACAAUUAACUGGAAAGACAUCAGCAGGUCAGUGAUUCUCAGAAGAAAGAGAACAGAGUCAGGUCACUCUCUGGUGAGCGAAGGACUGAGGGAGGCUAUCAGCUCCUACCUCCAAAUGACAGAGGGCGAUGAUCAUAGCUGGGACACUUGAGGAAUGCCUUUGGUCGGCCCGAGAUAACGACAUCAAACAUAUAGCAUGAAAUACUGCGCCGUGUCCACCGCAGCAGGAGCAAGCCAGAGGAAGAAGUCCUGCAUGACUGUAGAGGACUGUUCUGGAGCAGCAAGAAGGAACUGAGACACUACACAGCUCAGAGAUAUGUGGAGACUGUUUUUCUGUACAUGCAAAGAGGUGUGAGCUGAUAUUACAACAUAUUUCUAUUUUAUUUGUUAUUGUUUCUCUUAACUUAUAAAUUAUUGUGGAAACGACUUUUAAAACAACGCAAGUCAUCAAUAUAUCUGUGAUAUGACUGUACUUAUGUUGUUGGAAUCCAAUAAAGACUGGCAAGUAAAGGACGUAAUGCCACCAUAUAGAAAACUGAA